UGAAACUAGUAUUUGUUCACUAAAUCUAAAAUCAUGACAGAGAAUGGUAGAGCGAGAGAGUGGGUUUCAUACACUGGACACAGGACGGGGCAUCGAUGGACAGCACUGGGUAAUGAGAAGAUCAGGCUCCAUGAGGGAGGUAGACAGUGGGAAGCGGAGGAUUCAGGGCACCGUAGCUGGAAUUGGUAUCGGAAUGAUCACAGAGAGGGGGGGUAUGACAGUGGAAAGGAAAAAGGGGGGAACUGGAGUAGGAACAGGCAGUGGGGGUAUGACAGAGGGCAGUAUAAGCAAGCUUCAGCUUUCUUUUUUACAAACAUGCCGGUGGAUUGGAGCUACACUGAAAUGUGGAGAACGUUUGGCAAGUUUGGAAGGGUAUUUGAUAUUUACACCCCGCAGAGAAGAAGCAAGAACGGAAGGAGGUUUGGCUUCGUUAGGUUCCUGAAUGUAAGGAAUACCAAGGAGCUGGAGAAUCAGCUCGAUAAAAUAAAGGUGGCGGGGCAUAAAUUAUGGGUAAACCUGGCCAAAUUCCCAGAGGAGAAAGGUAAAGAACAGAUAGUAAGAAGAAUCUUCCCAUCAAAAAAAAUUGUUCAUGGGAGGACAUAUGCUGAUGCUGUGCGAGGACAAGAAGGUUGCGGAGCUGGAAAAAGCGGAGAGAAGGGUCUAGCAAGACCACUGCAGUCUGAAGAAGGUUUAAACAGAGCACACGAAAAACAGAAGCAGCAGAAGAGCGGUCUCGUGUGGAAACAGAAAGACAGAAGAGAGAAGUGGUCGGGUUUGGAGUUUAAGGUAAAAGAAGAAGAGAUGCAGUGGUUGCAAGGAAGCUAUGUGGGAGUUGCACACUCAGUGGAGAUUGUACCCAAUUUACAAGAGAAGUUCUAUAUGGAAGGGUACUUCUCAUGUAGAUUAAGAGCCAUGGGGGGAAAAUUGGUCCUUUUGGACGGUGAGGAUAAAGAUGAAAUUAAGGAUUUAGUGGAGGGAGCUUCAGAUUGGCUUGGGCAAUGGUUUUCAGAGGUAAAACCGUGGGCUCCUGCAAUGGUAGCAAAAGAAAGAUUUGUUUGGAUGAGGUGCCAGGGAGCUCCUUUACAUGCUUGGAGCCCAGAAUUCUUUGAAGAAUUGGCAUUAGCAUGGGGGAAAUGUAUCUGCUUGGAUGAUAGCACAAGCAAAAAGAGAAGGUUUGAUGUUGCAAGAUUUUUAUUAUCAACAACAACAAUGGAGUCUAUCUCUGUCCACCGGAAAGUUAAAGUUAAUGGGGAUAUAUUUGAGUUGAAGUUCUCAGAGGAGGAAUUGACAAACAGCCUCUUCUCAUUGAAGUAUGAUUUCAGGCCGUCUUUUAAUAGCGAUUCAGAGCUGGAUGAGUCUUGGUCGGGUGCCUCGGAGUAUACAGAAGGUGUUGAUGAAGAUAGUGAGGAAGCUGUAAUCGGAGAUGGCGCCGGCGAGGAUAGUCCAAACAGAGUAACAAUUCCGAGUAAGGAGAGAGGGAGUAGGGUGGCUGUCACUUCAAACUCAGAGGCAAAAUUUGAAUUCGAAGGGGAGAGUAAUGAUGAGGGUUGGUCAGAAAAGAAGGCUAGGCUCUCAAAUAGCAGAGUAGGGGAGGAGGAGUCCGUUGAUGUGGUUGCAGAUAGCUUUGAAAUGGAUAUGGAAGAGGAUGACGCAGGGGAGAGAGAUGGUUUGGGAAUGAGUGCAGCCGAAAGUAAGGAGAAGACGCUCUCAAAUUCAAAUCCCGCAGCAAGUUUGGGAAGUUUUGGGCUGGGCAAGCAGCCCAAUAGUGUCUCAUUAGAGGGAUAUGCUACUAUUCGAAAUAGGGCCGAUGAAGGACUGCCAAAAGAAUAUUGGGCCGAUGAUAGAUUAAAUGGCAGGCCACAAUCGGGGUUUGAAGUGAGGCCCGAAGAGGGAGCCAAGAAGAAGAAGUCACGGGAAUCUGCAGAAAAAGGCUCGAUUAUUCUGGAGAAUGGCAGCUCCUGUAGCAGUGAACGGGGGAGUUUAGAAGGGUGCGGGGAAGAGGAAUCGAGUGCAGCUCAGAAAAAGGACAAGAAAAAGAGUAAGAAAAGGAGCAAAUCGUGCACUUCGGUCUACCAAAAAUCAAUUCUUCUUGGAUUUAUGAAGAAGAAGAAGAAAAGCAGGGGCAGAUGGGGGUCGAAGCAAUCGGAAGAAGAAGAAGUGCCGGUGUUCUUGCCAAGCACAUGCAACUCAAUAGCGGGUGGAUCUGUAGGAGAUAGCGGUAUUCAGAAUUGCAAUAGACUGCUCAUGGAACCACCCAACAAACGGAUUGCUACGGACAUGUGGGAGUUUGCGAAGAAGAUUGGGGCUGUGGCAGAGGAUGAAGACUCGGUCAUCAAGAAGCUCCAGGAGAUGGAGAAGAGAGAUAGAUCGGCAAAGGAGAAAAAGAGAAUGGUUAGAGAUUUAGUAAUUGGAGAAGGUGUAGACUUCCUAGCUAUUCAGGAAACUAAGAAGGGUGGAAUAGAUAGGAAAUUCUGUAGGUUGCUGUGGGGGACAGAGGAGUUUGAUUGGGUGGCUAAGGAUUCUGCGGGGAUGUCGGGAGGUAUGGUCUGUGUUUGGAACUCUAAAGCACUCAGAAUGUUGAAAGUUUUGGAGGGUGAGAAUUUCAUUGGGAUUCAAGGGAGGUGGGUAGCAGAGGAUGUUUGUGUUAAUAUCAUCAAUAUUUACUCUCCAUGUCAAUUAGCGGGAAAGAGAAGCUUAUGGGGGGAAUUGAAAGAAUUGGUUCUGCAGACAAGAGGGCUAUGGUGUCUUGUGGGUGAUUUUAACACUGUUAAGAAUGCAGAGGAGAAAGUAGGAAGCCAAGCAGUAACUACUGAGAUGAGGGAGUUCAACAAUUUCAUUAUGGAAUCAGAACUGAUAGAUAUACCACUAGUGGGCAGAAAAUUCACAUGGUAUCAACCGAGUGGGAGAUUGAUGAGCAGAAUAGACAGGUUUCUAAUGUCCGAAGAGUGGAUGAAUAAGUGGGGUGAGGCAACUCAGUGGGGUUUAACCAGAUCUGUAUCUGAUCACUGCCCAAUCCUCCUUAGACAUAAGAAAGUAAACUGGGGACCUAAGCCAUUCAGAUUUUUUGAUACCUGGCUAGAGCAAGAAGGGUGUCGAGAGGUGAUUAGAGAAGCAUGUGGAAGGAAAAAAAUGAAUGGAUGGGCCGGAUUUCGCCUCAAAGAGAAACUCAAAAUCACCAAAGAGGCGCUGAAGACAUGGAGUAGAAAUUUUGUCCCAGAAAUAGAAGGAAGAAUAAGAGAGGUUACGGCUGAGAUCGUGCAGCUAGAUGUCAAAGGAGAGACGUCUCAGCUAUCUGAGGAAGAGAUUGAGAGAAGAAGACAGGCAUUCUUGUCUCUGUGGGAUAGCAUCAGACACAAAGAGUGUAUGCUGCAACAGAAAUCCAGGCAAGUAUGGCUAGCGAAGGGUGAUGCAAACUCGAAAUUUUUCCACAAUUAUGUGAAGGGGAGAUGGAAGAGGAAUGAAAUGAACAGCAUCCAUGUAAAGGGAGUACAGAUUACAGAGGCAGAUAAUCUGAAAGAAGAAAUUGCCACCUUUUUUGAGGAAAUAUUCACGGAGGAGAAGUGGAUGAGGCCAUCUAUAGAAGGAACCCAAUUCAAAAAAAUCUCCCCGGCAGAUAAUGUAUAUUUCACUGCACCUUUCUCCGAAGAAGAGAUAAGGUCAGUUGUUUGGGAUUGCGAUAGCUCAAAAGCCCCGGGCCCGGAUGGCUUCAAUUUUAAAUUCAUCAAGAGCGAAUGGGAGACAAUCAAAGGGGAUGUGUUUGAAUUUCUUCAUGAAUUUCAGAAGAAUGGCAAACUGGUGAAGGGUCUAAAUACGUCAUUCAUUGUUCUUGUGCCAAAAGUAGAGAAUCCACAGAAAAUUGAAGAGUAUAGACCAAUCUCGUUGAUCGGGGGUAUAUACAAAAUUCUUGCAAAAUUGCUUGCUAAUAGACUCAAGAAGGUGCUGGGUGGAAUUGUCGGUGAACAGCAAAUGGCAUUUUUAAGUGGUCGGCAACUAAUGGACGGGGUUGUAAUAGCAAACGAGGUCAUUGAUGAAGUAAAAAAGAAGAAGAAGGAUGCGUUUUUAUUGAAGAUUGAUUUUGAGAAAGCAUACGACAAAGUGAGCUGGAGUUUUCUCGAUUUUAUGAUGCAAAAGACGGGUUUCUCAAAAACGUGGAGAAAAUGGAUUAUGGAGUGUCUAAGCUCAAGUAUGGUGUCGGUUUUGGUUAAUGGCAGCCCGACCAGACAAUUCUCUAUGACCAGAGGUCUUUGGCAAGGGGAUCCACUAUCCCCAUUCUUAUUUCUGAUUAUUGCAGAAGGGAUUAAUGGGCUGGUUGGGGAGGCAGUGGAGAAAGGCCUUCUUGAAGGUGUAGUAGUGGGAAAUAAAGGUUUCAAGGUCACACAUCUCCAAUACGCAGAUGACACUUUGCUGUUCGGCAAAGCUACGGAUGACAAUGUAUGGGCAUUGAAGAGCAUCUUGAGAUUAUUCGAGCUGGUAUCGGGGCUGAAGAUAAAUUUCAACAAAAGUCAGCUUAUUGGCAUCGGAGUAAAGGAAGAGUGGUUAGAAAAAAUGGCGUGGGUAUUGUGCUGCAAAAAAGGGUGCUUGCCUUUUAAGUACCUGGGGAUACCAGUUGGGGGGAGGUGUGGUAGGCUCUCAUUCUGGAAACCAGUGCUGGAGGGGGUGACCAACAAACUGUCCACAUGGAAAGGGAGAUAUUUAUCUCUAGGAGGAAGGAUUACUCUCAUAAACUCAGUGCUGUCCAGUCUACCCGUGUUUUGGAUGUCCGUGUACUUGAUCCCGAAAGGUACAAUUCUUUUUAUUGAUAAAAUCCGUAGGAGAUUUUUGUGGGGAGGUGUGGAGGGAGGAAAAAAAAUAAACUGGGUUAGAUGGGAGAAGGUUUGUAGGGACAAAGUGCAAGGGGGUUUAGGGGUGAAGGAUUUAAGGAAGUUUAAUUUAGCUUUGCUUGGGAAGUGGUGGGGGAGAUUGGUUAACGAGGAAGAUGGGCUUUGGAAGAAAGUUAUUUUGCAGAAAUAUGGUAGGGACGGGGAACCGAGAUUUAAUUGGUUGAGGGAGAGUAUCGGUUUUGGGUCUAGAUGGUGGAGGGAUAUUUGUAGUUUGAAUGUCAUUGAUCAGGAGCAUGUUGGUUGGUUAGCAAAGGGGCUGAUUAUUAAAAUAGGAGAAGGGGAUACUGUGAAAUUCUGGUGGGACGAUUGGGGUGGGAGAGGUAUAUUGGCUAACAAAUACCCAAGAUUGUACUUAAUCUCUGCAGGUAAAGAUAAUAUGGUUUCACAGAUGGGACGGUGGUCCAAUGGCAGCUGGAUAUGGGAACUGCAGUGGCGGAGAAGGUUAUUUAGCUGGGAAGCCCAAGAAGAAACAGAGAUCAUGAAGGAAAUUCAGGAAACACCUCUCAGGAUAGGAAAAACUGAUGUUUGGGAGUGGGUUCAUAGCAACAAUGGGGUCUACACAACAAAAUCUGCUUAUAAGGCUCUUAAACUGGAGGUCGAGCAAGAACAACAAGGAGUGAACCUCCAAAAAGUAUGGAACGCAAUGGUGCCAAGUAAGGUUUCUGCAUUUUCAUGGCAACUUCUUCAGGAUAAAAUCCCCACAAAGGCAAAUCUUUUCAAAAGAGGUAUACUUCAAAACGUGGAGGAGUGCAAAUGCGUAUUCUGCGGGUUCCAAAUGGAGGAAACCAGCCAUAUUUUCACGCAAUGUAAAGUAGCAUAUGAUUUGUGGAAUGCUUGCUUCAGGUGGUGGGGAAUUAGUACUGUGCUGGACAGAGAAGGGAGUAAAGUGUUCCAACAGCAUCCUUCGGCUCUCAAAGUGGCAGAAAUAAGAGAGGGUUGGAGGUGCAUAUGGUUGGUAGUAGUGUGGACAGUGUGGUUGGCAAGGAAUGAUAGCAUAUUUAAAGGAAAAGAAGCUGACAAGAGCAGGCUGCUUGAACUGGUCCAGCUAAGAUCCUUCAGCUGGAUAAAAUGCAGGAAGAAAUGCUGUCUAUUUUCUUGGCCUGAUUGGGUGCAGGACCCGGUAUCCUGCUUAAGAGACGCUGCAGCAAGAAAAAGGAAAAACAGAGAGGUAAGAACAGGGUAAGCAAAGGAACCUUUAGGAAGGGGUGCUCCUCUGUAUCGAUGGGCAUAUGUCUUAUGGGGGAAUCAGGUGCUGGCUAAGCACAUACCCCCCUGUAAAAGGUUUGGAGUACUCCCAGUACUCCUAUAAUGAAAAUUAUAUUUGCUU